CGGAGCCGGGAGCGCGGCCGGAGCGAGGCACGGGCUGUGGGGCCUUCGCGCACCCGGCCCCGCUCGCCCGUGCCCGCCCGCCAUGCCCGGCUUCGACUACAAGUUUCUGGAGAAGCCCAAGCGGCGGCUGCUCUGUCCGCUGUGCGGGAAGCCCAUGCGCGAGCCCGUGCAGGUUUCUACCUGCGGCCACCGCUUCUGCGACACCUGCCUGCAGGAGUUCCUCAGUGAAGGAGUCUUCAAGUGCCCGGAGGACCAGCUUCCUCUGGACUAUGCCAAGAUCUACCCAGACCCAGAGCUGGAGGUGCAGGUAUUGGGCCUGUCCAUCCGCUGCAUCCAUAGCGAGGAGGGCUGUCGCUGGAAUGGCCCCCUUCGGCACCUGCAGGGCCACCUGAGUACCUGCAGCUUCAACGUGGUGCCCUGCCCCAACCGCUGCCCCGCCAAGCUGAGCCGCCGCGACCUGCCUGCGCACCUGCAGCACGACUGCCCCAAGCGGCGGCUCAAGUGCGAGUUCUGCGGCUGCGACUUCAGCGGGGAGGCCUUCGAGAGCCACGAGGGCGUGUGCCCGCAGGAGAGUGUGUACUGUGAGAACAAGUGUGGUGCCCGCAUGAUGCGGCGGCUGCUGGCCCAGCAUGCCACCUCCGAGUGCCCCAAGCGCACCCAGCCUUGCACUUACUGCACCAAGGAGUUCGUCUUCGACACCAUCCAGAGUCACCAGUACCAGUGCCCGAGGCUGCCUGUGCCGUGCCCCAACCAGUGUGGCGUGGGCACCGUGGCUCGGGAGGACCUGCCAGGCCACCUGAAGGACAGCUGUAGCACCGCCCUGGUGCUGUGCCCGUUCAAAGACUCCGGCUGCAAGCACAGGUGCCCUAAGCUGGCGAUGGCACGGCAUGUGGAGGAGAGCGUGAAGCCGCAUCUGGCCAUGAUGUGUGCCCUGGUGAGCCGGCAGCGGCAAGAGCUGCAGGAGCUGCGGAGAGAGCUGGAGGAGCUGUCGGUGGGCAGUGAUGGCGUGCUCAUCUGGAAGAUUGGCAGCUACGGGCGCCGGCUCCAGGAGGCCAAGGCCAAGCCCAACCUCGAGUGCUUCAGUCCCGCCUUCUACACGCACAAGUACGGCUACAAGCUGCAGGUGUCUGCGUUCCUCAACGGCAAUGGCAGCGGUGAGGGCACCCACCUCUCGCUCUACAUUCGCGUGCUGCCGGGUGCCUUUGACAAUCUCCUCGAGUGGCCCUUCGCCCGCCGCGUGACCUUCUCAUUACUGGAUCAGAGUGACCCUGGGCUGGCUAAGCCACAGCAUGUCACUGAGACUUUUCACCCUGACCCAAACUGGAAGAAUUUCCAAAAACCAGGCACUUGGCGGGGCUCCCUGGAUGAGAGUUCUCUGGGCUUUGGUUACCCCAAGUUCAUCUCCCACCAGGAUAUCCGCAAGCGAAACUAUGUGCGGGAUGAUGCGGUCUUCAUCCGUGCCUCGGUUGAAUUGCCCCGAAAGAUCCUCAGCUGAGAGCAGGCCAAGCGGCAGGACAAAGGGGGAGGGCAGUGACCUCCAUCGGGCACGGCUGAGCCUGGAGAGGGGGCCGGACCCCCUUAUAGCUGCUGCUGCUGCCGCCGAUACCCCACUGGUAUCUGGUACCCCGCUCCCCCUCCCUCCUUCCCCACCACCCUCAGGUGCCUCCUAUUGGUGCUUCAACCCUGACCUCUGGGAAGAGCAGGUCUUAGGGUCAUCAAGGGCUUGGAAACCAGCGAGCCCCGGACCUGUCUCCUGGACAGGGCAGACACGCCUUGGUGCCGGCUACACUCUUCCCGGGACCGAGGUGCCUGCUGGUGCUAUGUCCCAAGAGCCAUAGGGGGGAGGGGGAGGUGGGAAACUGAGGGGGAGUUAAAAGAAUCUUGUCUUGAGAUCUGAUUUCUCUUAUCCUUUCCCCAGCUGUGUCCCCUCUGGUUAUUUAUUUACUUAGUGCCAGGAGGGCACAGCGGGGAGCCCUGAUUUUUAAUAAAUCCUGAAUUGUAUUUAUUAA